GACUUCUAUAGUCUUCACAUGGGAAUCAAUGGUUCUUCCUUGAUCAUGGCAUUUACGAUAACCUCCCCUGGAAUACUGCAACACUGACGACAACGUUCUCUGCAUCUGAUCGUGAGUCGCAUGCACUUUUGUUC